ACGUGGGAGGUUGGGCUACGUGCUGGGAGCUGGCUGGGCUCGUGUCAGCUCGCGCGACCGCACGCACCUGAGGGACACGGCACUCGCUCCAGACCGCAACCUACUGCCAUCACAGCCCACGUCCCAGCUACCAGCCACCAGCUACCAGGUGCCCAGCCAUGAAGCUGCACGCCGCCGUCUGCGAGAAGGCCGCGCCGCCCGCCGACUCCACCGCCGUUUCCGCGUCGCCGGAGGAGCGCCUGAUGGAAGACGGCAAACAGAUCAGAAAUGGUUCCAUUACGAACUCAGUCUGUGAUAAUGGCUGCAGUGCAGGAUGUGAGAAAGAUGAGUGUGAUAGACUGGAUCAUUCUAGUUAUUCACUGCUCAACUUUAAUGAUGCCCCUUCAUACCUUAAGUUUAACCCUUAUAUCCGGACUGGUUAUCGUGGAUAUCUUACAACGAAGAUGUGCCUGGAGAGUGUGUUUUGGUGGACAAAUGAGACAAUAAACAUUUGGAGUCACAUAUUUGGAUGGAUGUUAUUCUUAGGACUGACACUGUAUGAUUUAGUUCUCCUUAACAUCCAUGCAUCAUUCGCAGACAAAUUCAUUGUAGGAGUUCUUCUUGGAUGCUUCCAGAUAUGUAUGAUACUGUCAUCACUUUAUCAUACCUUUUCUUGCCGGUCAGAAAAAGAUUACCUUUGCUUCCUUUCAUUUGAUCUUUUUGGCAUAGCCCUCAGUCUUUUGGCAAUUUACAUGUCUGGGGUCUACUAUGCAUUUUGGUGUCAUAAGAACCUGCAGUUAUUCUAUUUGCUCACAGUUAGCCUGAUAUUCCUGUUUGCUAUGAUCAUUCAAAUUCCCAGGUUGAGGGUUGAUGCAAAUAUGAAGCUCAUUGUUUUUGUUUGUUGGGCUGCUUAUGGAGUUGUACCAACAUUUCAUUGGACUGUGAUAAUGGGUGGUUAUGCUAAUCCAGUUGUUCAGUUGCUGCUGCCCCGUGUUCUUGGCAUGUAUGCGAUAAGUGGACUGGCAUUCUUCAUUUACAUGUCAAAAAUACCAGAACGAUUUUUCUCAGGAAAAGUUGAUUAUAUUGGAUCAUCUCACCAGUGGUGGCAUCUUUUUGUGGUGCUUGCACUAUAUUACUGGCACAACACUGGCAUCAAAUACGUAGAAUUUCGCAUGAAUCAUGGUUGUGCAAAUGACAUGAGGCUGUGAGUCUGAUAGCUAAAAAUUUUGCAAGUAUCAGUUCUGCUGUUUCCCAGCAACAUACCGAACGUACAAAUAGAAGAACCAUUGAAAAUGGUGGUACUGUAGGCAUGACAGCAAAUGGACCCCAUCUUAUAAGACCAGUGGAAUGUCUACGUACUUGCUAUUGAUGAGCUGUGACAUAAGACAUUACUGUCUGUAUUGUUUAAAACACUCUGCUCUUUAAUAAUGUUACAUCUGUUAUUCAAACUUGUGGUUACGCCACAACCAGCUUGAAGCAGAUAUUUGUUUAUUAUUACAUGUAUUUAUUUGUGAUCAUUGGUGCUCAAAUAUGAGGAAAAAAUCAUUGGUAGGAGUCAAAAAGUAUUUUUGGCUUGAGGAAUGAUGUGUGAAUCUUUCCUAAGGAAAGUGUUGUAAAAUCAUGAUGAAUUGCUUAGAUUGUGAUGAUGUACUAUGUUGUUAAUGAAAGACUUAUGUGCUUGUUACACAGAUGUUAAUUGAUGAGAAAAGAUGUGGAAGAAUAGUAAAUCUUGAAAGGAUGGAUUGUUACAUAUAUCACAGGAGAAUAAACAGUCAAUGACAGCAUUACACUAAACUCAGUUUGGAGCUUUUAAACCAGCUACUCAGAAAUAAGUUAAGCAGGUGCUUGAGUAGUCCACAGAUGAUUGGGUGAUAGAUUAUGUUCCACUCACCCAUCCAUUGGCUGUUGGGAAUUUAUUCCUGAACCUUCAAUAUUCUGAUACUAGUAGAGCAAUUAUAUGGAAAUUUUUAUACAUUUGACACUCAAAUUCAUUUUAUUUUAUUAGUUCUUGGAAAGUAUAAUAGUUCAGUCCACAUCAGAAUCGCAGGAUGGCAGGAUGAGUCAUUUCCCAUUUAUGUGGUUCUAUAAUAGUAGAAACUGUCACAGGUAUGAGGGACACACAAAUGAAGAACACACACACAUCAUGAGGUUUUGGAAUUCUGUUAUUAGUUCCUUAGUUAGGUUAACAAGACUGCAAAAAAUAAAGGAAAGAUAUACAGUAAAGGAAGGGGAUGAAAGAGAACUGAAAUCAUUUUAUUUUAUAAGCUAAGGCCAUGGCUUUUGAAAGUCAACAUCCCAAAGUAAGAAAGACAUUGCCAGAUUUCCUCCCCACACUCUCCUUAGUUGUUCUGCACUGUAAUACCCUUGUCCUGUGACACUCUCAAGCACAUACCCUCAUUCUGUUUCUUACCACAUGGGCAAUGUUGUUUUCAGAUCUGUUGCUAUAACUACCAGAACCACUUAUUCUGUUCUCACUACUAAAAAAUAUAUACAUUGUUAAGGAGAUGAUUGACAAAGAAUAUGCACACUAUGACAUGGAACCCCAAGAUCCACAAACUCUAUACACUACACAUUUCCAGCAUCCUGUUACUGAACAUGAACUCAGCAUGUAGCUCAUUAUCCUCAAAUCUGUUUUGGUACGUGGCUCACCUGAAUCCAAUGUCCUAGCACAUGGGGCUAGGAACUGAUGAGAUCCAGUCUUCCAUACCAGUAUUUGCUCAUGCUUUUCACCUGGUAUUAACUGAAACCAGUUUCUCCCUAGUCUCUUUUGUUCCAUUUUGCAUGUCAUCAUUACCUCCCUGUCUUCUUAUAUCACUGUUUUUAAUUUGUUGUACAUUGGGCCUGGUGAUCUAGUAUACAAGUGUGUGACUGGAAACCGAAAGUCUGGGAUCAAAUCCUGGUCCCACCACAGAUUGUUCAGUCUGCCUUUUAGCCUAGUAUACACCUCUCAGUGAUGUGGAGCUUCAUCAGAAAUGAUAUGUGGGUCAGAUUCCACAUUAAACUGCAGUAUUAUUUCCCUGGUCACAUAACUGAGGUAGGAUGGGAACAAGCAAGUCACCAUAGAGAUGUGAAAUUGAAAGACUUGCAGUAGUUCACUAAGGCACACAAAAUUUGUUGUACAUCCUUUCUUCUUUAUCUCCUAUAACACAAUCCUCUCUUAUUUUUUUAAAAUGUCUAUAAAAGUGGUUUCUUGUACAAGUAAGCAGUUGCUGCCUGUCUUUUCGUGUAGCGUCAAGUUUGAUCAUUGGCACUAACACAUUCCAUCCAUCCUGUGCUUAUUUAUAACUUCUUUCUGUGAAAGAUGUAGUUUUAAGGCACUAGUAUGACAAAAUUACAGAAUAAAUGAUGGUUGUUGGAAUACUGUAUUAUGGGUAGUGUGUCAAAUUAUAUAAGAAAUGGAAAUGAUAGUCUGACAGAAACAAAAUGCAAGUUUCGGAUUUGUCAACAUUGCAUUCCAACUAAAGUUUUAAGAAUCAAGCAGUUAAAAGCAAUAUAAUUUGUUUGUUGUCAUUUUUUAAUUCUGAUGGUCAAAAGCUCUGGUGUGAAGCCAUAGUUAAUAUAAAAGUUUAAUGCUUGUAGCUAUUCUUUGCAAUACAGUCACAAACAUCUUUAUAAGAUAAGCUGUUUUUUAUGUUGUGAGUGAUUCACUGUGAUGUCUGCAAGACCACACAAAACAUUUCUUGAAUAUCCUACAAAGGAAAAUUCAUAAGAAACACCAUAAAAAUAUGAUAUUGAGAAAAUGUGGUUAACAUUGCAGAAUAAUACAUUGCAGGAGAUAGUUGAUCUCUGGUAGUUGAUAGCUUAUGCUUAAUAACAUCUUUUUUAUUCAAAAAAUUAAAAAAGAAAACUUCAGGGUAGUAGAACCCUCUGUCAGAUCUACAGUAAGACCAGAACUUUGACUGUGGCUGUAGUGAGUGUCCACAUGAAUUUGAUUCUUUAAUGUUUGAGGAGAUCCUGAGGAUUAGUUUGUUGUGGAUUUCAGUAUGUGGUUGUCUAAAUACACUAUAGGAAGGAAAAAAAUUAUUUCAGAAUAUCACUGACCUCUUAUAUUAGGAUGGUGUAUCACAUCACGACCUAUUAUAUUAGGAUGGUGUAUAAUAUCUGUACAUGUCCACCUGAUUUAUCAUCAAAUAACAGUGAAGUUAUAUCAUUGCUAUGCAAUGACUUGUAACAUGUCUUAUUUCCUCAAAAGUCUUUUGUCAUAAUUAAAUAGGAAUUAGUAAGUGGCUCCUGUUGCUUUAUUCCAUUUUAUUCAUGUUACAUUAUUUAUGUUGUUUUAUAUGUUUUUAUACUUUUUCAAUAUGCUAAAAUAUUUCAGGGCAGCAUAAUCCUACUCUUAUAUUCUUAGAUUGUUUUGUAGUGAGAUUCUGUCAUGUCUCUGAAUUUGUUGUUAUUAUUUAUAGCGAGAGAUUAUUACACACAUUUUAUACAACUCACUUGAUGGUUAAUUGUAGUAGUAUCAAGUAAUGCACUAAGCUCAUGUUAUUUAUAUUAUUGUGGUAUCUGAAAAUGUAACUUGGGUUUCUCUUCAAAUCAAGCAUACUGAAAUAAUAAGGGUUACCAUAUCGGUCAGGGAUGUUCUUGUAAACUUUCAUAGAUGAUAGCCACGUUCAGUAUUUGGGAUCACUUAACAAGAGAAUUAUUUCCAUGUGAUAAAUAAUUUUCCACAGAGUAUUAGGUCAUGGAACAUUCAUCUUACGACACGAAAUUUCCCCACUGCUUCAAUGAGUUAACAGUUUUAGAAAACACUUUUAAAUUAACAGCAUCCUUUUAUUUCAUUUAGAUAAAUAAUAGUAAAAUGUGUGCAUUGUUAAAUGGCCAAAACUGAAUUUUCAUUUCUGUUUGAAAGAAUGUACAUCAUAGAUACAUUUAAAGACAUGCGGUGAUUUGAGUUUAUUUUCAUUUUAACACAGUUUUAUUAUUGUGAAAUAUAAUGGUAGAUCACCACUUACCAUAAAGACAAAAUCACAAUAACAGGUAUGGAAUAGAGGUAAAUUAUUAUUUAUCUUCUUAAUUUGCAUUCUUUCCUAAGUCUAGAAGUUGAAAUGUUUCUGUGUUGCUUUUCUGUAGACAAAAAAUACAGCAGCUAAGGAAUUCGGAAGUAUUAUUAUAUCUACCUGUUUGUUACUUGGGGCUUUCUUUCUUAGACAAAUGCUUGUGGAGUUCCAAGAGAUUUAAAAAGAAGAGAAAGCAUUUGCUAUACAGAUUUGAUAUGACUAUUGCCACUGCCAUAGUUCAGGAUGCAGCUGGUCAGACUAACUGGAUUGCAGCUAAACAAAAGAAGCACAGUUCUAAUUUCUUAUUCCAAAAAGGCUUCUAACAGUUAUGAGAGAUGCAGAUGACAUUUUCACUUGUAAAUGAGUUUAUAAUUUGGAGACAUUUAACUUCAGUAAAUGGAUUCCAUUUUUGCUCCUCUUGUUGAGAGUUUUUGUGGCAAUAUUGUCUAUAAUGUCUGUGCAUUCAUUUGUCAUACUAUUAUUUAUGAUUUAGUGAUAAAAAUAUGUAUUUUUAAAGUUGAAAUAAAGCAAUAAUAAAUAUUUUCUUAAAACAAAUGCUCAUUUUUGUGACAAGAGGAAAAAUAUCCUGUGUACAGAAUUGCUGUGUACUGAAAGUUUAGUGUGAUAUUAUUUUUUGUUCUUAUCUGUACUUCCUACUUCAGAAGUAAUCUUCUACAGUAAUUAGGCUGUAAUUUAUUGUGUUGAGCUACAGGGUAUUUGUUUA